AGUGGCUUGUGAAAACCCCGCCUCCUACAGAUCCAGCAGCUCAGGGGGUGGGGUUCUGGAGGGGCCCGGGGCCCAGGAUGUGGGAUACGUAGCCACGGUUUGCCCCAAGCCUUCCAUUGACCCCCCAAUGGAGGUCCUCCUAGAGAUGGCCUCCUCCCAGGAGACCCUGCAGCCCAUCAAAGAUGACGAAAAGACUUUCAUGGCUCCGCCCCCGGCCCCUCCCCCGCUGCCGGACGCCAAGCCGGCCAAGGAGGAGCCGUUGUUGCCGCCCCGCGUGCCGAGGAACGGCUUCCAGGGAAAGAGGAGGAACAGCUUCAACGUGGGCUUCAAGCACCCGGUGGCGUUCAAGCGGCGGAGGCGGGUCAACUCGGACUGCGACCCCGUCCUUCCGUCCAACUUCCUCCUCGGGGGCAACAUCUUCGACCCGCUCAACCUCAACAGCCUGAUGGACGAGGAAGUCAGCCGGACGCUCAACGCCGAGACCCCCAAGUCCUCGCCGCUCCCUCACCGCAGCCGGGACCCCGUGGAGAUCCUGAUCCCGAGGGACAUCACCGACCCUCUGAGCCUUAACGCCGGUGCCGGCGAAGGGGAGCUCCUCCUCUCCCCCCUCAAGAGCGGCAGGAAAAGGCACCGCCAUCGGCACCACCCGUCCACAGACGUGACCCCCAAGGGGCCGGUCGGGCUGGGCCAGGAGCCCGAGCUUAUCCCUGAGGAGUUACGGCCAUACGAACUCAACACUGCCAUUAAUUGCCGCGAUGAAGUCGUCCCAUUACCCUCCCUGGAAAACGAAGGACUUGAUGGGCCGGCGGCAGCGGCCAGUGGCGCGUGUACGUCGGGUUCUCGGCACCGCAAGAGGAGGAGGACCUCCAGCAAGUCUGAAGGGAGGCAGGGGAGCCCCGAGAAAGUCAAGACUUUGGCCAGCGUGGUCGUUGCCGCCAAACCUCAAGGCGGUGCGGCCAAGCCGCCGUGUUUGGGGCCCCAGGGUAAAGAGAAGAACCGCUUCCAGUACGGGAAUUACUGCCGAUACUACGGAUACCGAAACCCGUGCCGGUCUGAUGAUCCCCGCCUUCGGGUGCUGAGGCCCGAGUGGUUCCGGGGCAAGAACGUGUUGGACAUUGGCUGCAACGUGGGCCACCUGACCCUGACUGUGGCGCAGAACCUGGGGCCCUCGCUCAUUGUGGGGGUGGACAUUGACAGCUCGUUGAUUCGAGCCGCCCGGCAAAACAUAAGACAUUAUCUCUCAGAGUACACGAAAGGCGGUGGUGGCGGCUUCCCUGUUUCACUGGCCGCCAUACGGGGCCCCAUCGCAGCUCCGGCUGUUCCGGGGAAGGAGGCUGGAAAGGAAAGCAAAGAAGAGAUCCGUGUCUUCCCGCACAACGUGGCGUUCGUCAAGGGUAAUUACGUGGUGGAGCAGGACGAGCUGGUGGAGGUGCAGCGGCCAGAAUACGACGUCAUCCUGUGCCUCAGCGUCACCAAGUGGGUCCACCUGAACUGGGGAGACGAGGGACUGAAACGCAUGUUUCGGAGAAUCUACAGGCACCUGUCUCCGGGGGGGAUCCUCAUCCUGGAACCCCAACCCUGGUCCUCCUACGGGAAGAGGAAGAAGCUGACAGAAUCCAUCUAUAAGAACUUCUGUAGGAUCUCCAUGAAGCCGGAGCAGUUCACCUCCUACCUCAUGUCUUCCGAAGUGGGCUUCUCCAGUUAUGAACUGCUGGCCGCACCGCAGUGUGCUUCAUCAAAAGGGUUCCAGCGUCCAAUCUAUGCUUUCCACAAAUUGGGUGCCCGAGAGGAUCUUCCUCCUCCGCCGCCAUCUUCACCACGCAGCGCCGCGCCGCCCCCUGUUCAGGCCUAGGAGCGGACAGCAUUCAAUUUCUUUCAUUUUUUUUUUUGCUUUUUGUAAUAAGAUUCCUGGUUUGUUUUUUUUGGUUUUUUUUGGUGGGUG